AUGGCGAGCGUCGUCGGAGGAGCGGUGGUGGCGGCGGCGGCGGCCGCUGGCGUGGGCGUGGGGGCGACUCCGCACGUUCUCGCGGUGGAUGACAGCUCGGUCGACCGCGCCAUCAUCGCCGCCAUCCUCCGGAGCUCCCGGUUUCGUGUGACGGCUGUGGAAAGUGGGAAGAGGGCCCUGGAACUGUUAGGCAAGGAGCCGGACGUGAGCAUGAUAAUCACUGAUUACUGGAUGCCGGAGAUGACGGGAUACGAACUCCUCAAGAAGGUCAAGGAAUCGUCCAAGCUGAAGCAGAUCCCGGUGGUGAUCAUGUCGUCCGAGAACGUGCAGACUAGGAUCAGCAGAUGCCUUGAGGAAGGAGCAGAGGAUUUCCUGGUGAAGCCCGUCCGCGCGUCGGACGUCUCGCGCGUCUUCAGCCGCGUGCUCCGCUGAGUGAACGGUGGCGUUUCUCGUGGGGGCAUGGCGCGCGCCGGCCUGAGUGAACGAACAGGCAGGCAGGCGGCGUUGGUGCGUGCAAUCGUGGGACGAUCUCGAUGUAACGGUGUGGUUUUCUAGACGCUGUCGUGCUUUGUGGUAGGAUGGUAGGAAGAGUAGGUCACGGUCUGCGUUUUACUAGGUCUUUAUUUUAGCGAGCUCUUUUUUUUUUUUUUCCCCCCCCCCCCCCCCCCCCCCCCGGCUUCUUGGAUUUUGCAGUUCAGAAACCAGCGUCUGUUCUUCCUUCGGCUCUGGACGAUGGGCUUCUUCAGUUGUUUCGGUUUUGGUCUAAGGACUUGGUUGAUUAAAGAUGGUGGUGAGAAAUUGAUGGUGUA